AUGACCCCCUCAAAAGAGGAGAUGCAAGACAAUCAAACAGCUUCCUUUGCCUGCUUAGCAAGGGACUUUUCACCCAAAGAUCAUAAGAUUACAUGGCUGAAGAACAAUAAGCCAAUAGCCAAGAAGGUGAAAAACGUCUGUCAGGAUGAAAAGAAGGGAGAACAGAACACCUUGUACAGCGCAACCAGCUUCUUGAGCGUCGAUGAGAAUGAGUGGACAGAUGGGUCAGAGUAUACCUGCCGCUUUGUGCACAAAUCUGGAAACCAGACCAAGACUGUGAAGUACUCCUCUGGUGAGUAAAAUCCAUUAAUAUCCAGUGUGGAUACGCUCUACCCAAAGGCCAAAACGUUCCCACAAUGUUUAUGUUAUUUUAGUUUAAUCCUCGGUCCUCUGUAGCUCAGCUGGUAGAGCACGGCGCUUGUAACGCCAAGGUAGUGGGUUCGAUCCCCGGGACCACCCAUACACAAAAUGUGUUGCAUGCUUUCAGUUAUAACUUAGUCAUUGGAGGUGAGGCAUGCACAAAGCCAAUAAAUAUACAAUGCAAGGUAAUACCUUGUUGGGAAUGUGGGGUUUUGACUAAAUGGGAUAAGCUUUUGUCAGAUUUGACUUUUUGUAGCAGGUUAGGGGAACUUAUGCAGCAGGUUAGGAGAAUUAACAUAGCAGGUUAGGAGAAUUAGGUUAAGGAAAGGAAAGAGAUUAGGGUUAGCUAAAAUGCAAAAAAAACUUUUGAAGUUCAUCUGACAGAAGCAGUAUCCCUCCUAGCCAUGACCGGAGUGUGGGAAGGGUAGUGUGAAAGGAAGACAUUUUGUUUUUGAAAGUUCCAUAGUCUGUGUGGUUGCAUUAUUAUGUUUAUGUAUGGCUCCACAUUCAAACAUACAAUCCAUUUAUAAGUGGUAGAACUUUCAUUAACAAUGUCAACAGAUUCUAGCAAGAUAAGAAUGUAUACAUUCUUUACUUGAUGCAAUUCUCUGCAAGAGGCAUAAUAGUUAGAGGGAAUACAGUAAUAAGCUAAAUAUACUAUAUAUAACUUACAUUAUAACUAUAUUAUUUUAUAGGCCAUAUUUCUUAAGUGUCAGGUAAGAAAAAUGUAUAAUUGCAUCUAAAUAGAUGUCACAAUUAUUGGAAGUAAUUUCAGUGAACAAAUAUUUGCUUCUUAUUUCAGGUGAAAUGAAGAAACUGUGUUUGAAGUAUUUGGAAAACAUAUAACUUUCAUACUUACAUUUAUUUUAUCCAUACAUAUAUUGUAACCGUUUUCCUGCUUGUCUUGUUGUUGCUUUUGUUUGAAUAGUUCAACUGUAGAGGUUAGAUUUGUAAAUAUUUCAUUGUGCCUUUUUACCCUAUUAAGAUAAUAAAAGUUUAACUGAAGUAAACUACAGUGUAUUGUUCUUCCUUUACCAUUGCUCCAUCCAUUACCUUCUACCCCCAAGCCAUAACACUGCUAAAGAGUGAAUCAAAUGGCUACCCAGACUGUUUGUAUUGACCCUCUUUUUAAGCUGCUGCUACUCACUGUUUAUUAUCUAUGCAUAGUCAGUCAAUUUACCCCUACCUACAUGUACAUAUUACCUCAAUUUUUACAUGAUUUAUUGUCUUACUAUGAAAACAAUUCUGCAUUGUUGGUUAAGGGCUUGUAAGUAAGCAUUUCACGGUAAGGUCUACACCUGUAGUAGAUACAAAUUUGAUUUGAUUUGAGAAAUACAAUGCAGCUAAAAGGUUGUCUUAUAAUGUUUUAUAAAUAUUGAAGAAACACAUUUCUUAUUUACGGUUUAAUUAGUAUACUUGUUGUUUAAAAGUUAUUUUAGAACUGUGUGGCUGUUGUGAUGUGUGGCUGAAUCUACAGUAACUAAUCUACGUUUUCUUUUUGCUGGAUGCUGCAUACUGGGUUCUGCAUGAACACAUCUGGAAUCAGUGGGCCUUGCUACACUUGGUAUGCAAACUAUUCUGAUAUAGUUUGAUGGGUUGUCAAGAAAACAAAAAUGUAACACCAAGUGGUAAGAAGUUACAUAACAGAAGUAGAGAAGAGAACUCUUAUGUAAAUAGCUCGGAAACAUGCAAAUGGCAACCGAUUUCCUUAAGCAGAACCAGACCUCACACCUGGCUUCUGAUACACACGGUUGCUCAGCAUCAUGUUUCACUUCUGUUUUUUUUAAUGCUUUUUUUGGGACCAGGGUGUUUCCCCACGCUUCUGCCUGCUGCAUUCCCUGUUCGCUGAGGCCUGUUCUGCUCUAACACCUGCGUUUCACAACCCUCCAACUCCAUAUCUGACCACUACCACUACCAGCUCUCAGGGCCCAGCCACCCAGCUACUUAAUAGGUCCAUAGCUCCAUCUAGACUAUGUUAAAAGUCAUUACACUGAGCCCAGGCCUGGUUUUAAUACAUUGGGUUACUUAAAACUGCAGAAAAAAAGGUAUGAAGAAUUUAAUUCAAAGUUUACAAUCUGACUUUGGUUUACAAUUUUACUCCUCCUUCCACCUUGAAUUAGUGCAGCGGGUCAUUCCUCCAGAAAUCACCCUAAAUCCUCUCUGGGAGGAAGUGGAGGGAGGAUCGAAGGUGGGAAUCCUCUGCAUCCUGAGUGGGUUCUACCCCGACGAGCUGAGUGUGGAGUGGCUGCUGGAUGGCAAGGCUCUGACCAACUCUCCAGUCCAGCGGAAGCUGCAGAGUGUAGAAGGUGAGGAGAAAACUUUCAACCUGAGCAGCCAGCUGGAGCUGGACCGGAGCCAAUGGACUCAAGGGUCAGAGGUCACAUGCAAGGCCACGCACAAUGCAGCACAAGGACCACCUCCAGGACCACCAGUCUCCAGGACCACCAGCAUUUGCUCAGGUGAGUUUCAGUGACAGCACCGUGUAUUGGGCCAGAGGAUGGGUAUAGAAAAGUGUACAAUUGAAAAACAUAGUAACAAUCCAAAUCUGCAAGUCUUGUGACAUCUCCAUCUGUUUUCCUCACAGCGUUUCACUUGUCUACUCCAUACAUCCACCUGGAGACCCCCAGAUUCAGGACAGUGAUGACACAGACUGAGGUAACAGCUACAUGUGUGGUCCACUCUGCGUAUGAUGCCAAAGUGACCUGGCUUCUGGAUGGAAAAGACCCAACCAGCAGGACCCCAGUAAACCAGGCCAGCAGCACAACUCAGAGUAUCAGCAGUAACCUAACUCUUCCCUCAAGCCAAUGGAAAACCCUGAACACAAUAACAUGCAGAGCUGAACAUCGCUGCUUCAAGCUCACACAGAAGACCAGUAAUGUUAAAGGUUAGAAUCGAACUUUGUGAACAUAGACACUACUGUUCAAAAGUUUGGGGUCACUUAGAAAUGUCCUUGUUCACCAUGAAAACGUACAUGAAAUGAGUUUGAAUAGGAAAUAUAGCAAAAUGAAUAGGAAAUGUAGUCAUUGACAAGGUUAGAAAUAAUGAUUUUUUAUUGAAAUAAUAAUUGUGUCCUUCAAACUUUGCUUUCAUCAAAGAAUCCUCCAUUUGCAGCAAUUACAGCCUUGCAGACCUUUGGCAUUGUAGUUGUCAAUUUGUUGAGGUAAUCUGAAGAGAUUUCACCCCAUGCUUCCUGAAGCACCUCCCACAAGUUGGAUUGGCUUGGUGGGCACUUUUUACGUACCAUAAGGUCAACCUGCUCCCACAACAGCUCAAAAGGGUUGAGAUCCGGUGACUGUGCUGGCCACUCCAUUAUAGACAGAAUACCAGCUGACUGCUUCUUCCCUAAAUAGUUAUUGCAUAGUUUGGAGCUGUGCUUUGGGUCAUUGUCCUGUUGUAGGAGGAAAUUGGCUUCAAUCAAGCGCCGUCCACAGGGUAUGGCAUGGCGUUGCAAAAUGGAGCGAUAGCCUUCCUUCUUCAAGAUCCCUUUUACCCUGUACAAAUCUCCCACUUUACCACCACCAAAGCACCCCCAGACCAUCACAUUGCCUCCACCAUGCUUGACAGAUGGCAUCAAGCACUCCUCCAGCAUCUUAUCAUUUGGUCUGCAUCUCACAAAUGUUCUUCUUUGUGAUCCGAACAUCUCAAACUUCGAUUCGUCUGUCCAUAACACUUUUUUCCAAUAUUCCUCUGUCCAGUGUUUGUGUUCUUUUGACCAUCUUAAACUUUUCUUUUUAUUGGCCAGUCUGAGAUAUGGCUUUUUCUUUAUAACUCUGCCUAGAAGGUCAGCAUCCCGGAGUCGCCUCUUCACUGUUGACGUUCAGACUGGUGUUUUGCGGGUACUAUUUAAUGAAGCUGCCAACUGAGGACCUGUGAGGCGUCUGUUUCUCAAAAUAGACGCUCUAAUGUAUUUGUCCUCUUGCUCAGUUGUGCACCGGGGCCUCCCACUCCUCUAGAGUCAGUUUGCGCUGUUCUGUGAAGGGAGUAGUACACAGCGUUGUACGAGAUCUUCCGUUUCUUGGCCAUUCCUCGCAUGGAAUAGACUUCAUUUCUCAGAACAAGAAUAGACUGUCGAGUUUCAGAAGUUCUUUGUUUCUGGCCAUUUUGAGCCUGGAAUUGAACCCACAAUUGCUGAUGCUCCAGAUACUCAACUAGUCUCAAGAAGGCCAGUUUUAUUGCUUCUUUAAUCAGCACAACAGUUUUCAGCUGUGCUAACAUAAUUGCAAAGGUGAUUCUAAUGAUCAAUUAGCCUUUUAAAAUGAUCAACUUGGAUUAGCAAACACAACGUGCCAUUGGAACACAGGACUGAUGGUUGCUGAUAAUGGGCCUCUGUACGCCUAUGUAGAUAUUCCAUAAAAAAUCUGCCAUUUCCAGCUACAAUAGCCAUUUACAACAUUAAUAAUGUCUACACUGUAUUUCUGAUCAGAUUUAUGUUAUUUUAAUGGACAAAAAAAAGGACAUUUCUAAGUGACCCCAACUUUUGAACAGUAGUGUAUACAGAGAGAAGUACAGCAAAACAUUCAGUCUUCUUAUAAUCCUACCACAUAAAAAAAAAGUAGACCUUAUUGACACUGAAGCCAGAUCAAUGUUCCUUUCUCCUGUUGAUCUCUCUACUCUGUGGGUGUGUUCUCUAGGACCUGCAGUGAGCAGCACUCCCACAGUGCUGAUCAGGAGGUCUCUCCCAGACUUACUGAAUGGAGACAGUGCUGUGCUGGAGUGUGCCAUCACACAUCUCUCCUCCAGUGACCUCUACGUCACCUUUCAGGCCAAUGGGGUUGAUUUCCCUGAGAAACAGUAUGUGGAUCUGCCUGCCUCCAAAGACCACCAUUCACUCACCAGACGCUUCUCUGUCCCCACAUCACACUGGAAAACAAACUGCAAUUUCACCUGUAAAGUAAACCAAGGCUUCUCCAACAGCUGGGUGUCAAACUCCACAGGAAAGCUUUUUGGUGGGUGAACUUCUCUUGUCGUUACCUUAUGAUACCAUCUCAAUUUUCUAUGUAAUUAGGCCUACCAACAUAAAAUUAAGUUUCCAUUGUUUCUUGCAUAGUCUUAAUUUAGAACUCAAUAGUUCUAAAAUGGAAAAGUGUUUGUGUUGUUUCCAGGUGAACCGUCCAUGGAGCUCCUUCUAGCUCCCAGUGAGGAAACGUCAGGCUCAGGGACCCAGAAACUCAUAUGUUCUGGUUGGGGCUUCAACCCUCUGAUCAAGUGGCUCUCUGGGUUUGAACAGAGGUCUGCAGCAGCCUAUGAGAUUAUGAUGGGGGAAGACGAACGUGUGGCAGUAACCAGUCAUAUCACAGUAACACAGCAGGAGUGGAAUCAGGGGAAGGACUUCACCUGUGAGGUCAUCGACAAGUAUCUUCAGAAAGAGGAUGUUCAGAAAGUCAGGAAGAGCAUCAAUAGAUGUGCAGGUAGUUUUUGGUAUUAUGACAUAUACUAUCCUUGAGCAGUGAUAUAUGCCUAUAGCCUAACCAUCAUUCAAUAAUGUAGGCAUUCUUUAGAGCAAUAUCUGAACGUAGCUUAAAACACUAAAUUCCCUUUCCUCUCAGUGACUCCAAUAUCAUGUCAGAAAGUUGGGGUUUACCUACAGGGACCCACUCUUCAGAAGUUGAGUACAGAUGGACAGGUGCCUGUCACCUGCCUGCUGGUGGGUCCCAGCCUUGAGGACUUUUCUGUUAGUUGGAAGGUGGAUGGGGCUGUGGCUUCCCAAGGUGGAGUCAGAUGGGCCCCCAAGGACCAUUCCAAUGGGACACAGACUGUGCAGAUCAUGUUUAACGUGUCUGCGAGGGACUGGCAUGCACACAAACGUGUGUUGUGUGAGGUGAAGCACCGCUGCUCCAGCCAAGCCCAGGAGGAGCAUAUCACCAAAUGCAGAGGUAGGCUAAUUCAACACUCAAUUGGCACACAUUACCCAGAAUGCUGAUGCUGAUACAUACAUACAUCUUUGUGCAUGCUAUUGCAUCAGUGCUUAUCUGACAUAUUACUAAACAAUAUAUUUAUGUUACAUUUUAUUGAAUAGGCCCAAAAUCAACUAACUAAUCAGUUUUAUUUUCAUUUGUUUUAUCCCUCCAGAUCCCAAGCCACCCUCGAUAAAGAUAGUGAGACCAUCAGAUUCUGAUCUAUUGGGGUCAAAUAAUGCCACACUGCUUUGCUUAGUGUCUGGGUUCUUCCCCUCUGAUGUAAUAGUGAAUUGGGAGAAGUCUGGCAGUCGCCUACCUUUAUCUCACUACUCCACUAGUCCUUCAGUCCUUUAUUCAGGGAGAAGCACCUACGCCAUGAACAGUAGACUCAUCGUGCCUAGGUCCGAGUGGAAUCAGGACUCCAAUUACUCCUGUGUUGUCAGACACGAGUCGUCCGAGAGACCUAUCACAAGCACAAUAGAGAAUGUAUUUGGUGAGUGGACUGUUGAUUUGAACAGUGCCAUGAAUUUGAUUGUAAUAACAUUUUACAUUUACAUUUUUAGUCUACAUCAUUUUUUUAUACCCCCCGUGGGAAUCAAACCCACAACCCUGGCGUUGCAAACACCAUGCUCUACCAACUGAGCUACGUCCCUGCCGGCCAUUCCCUCCCGGCCAUUCCCUCCCCUACCCUGAACGCCGCUGGGCCAAUUGUGUGCCGCCCCAUGGGUUAGUGUGUCUCCCAGUCUGUCGCUCUAUCGUCUUUGACCUACAGUAGGUCUACAGAUAGGCUAUUCAAUCCCCCAAACCUUUCACUGUGUCAAUAAUAUUGUCAUCAUGACAGAAAUGUAGGCUAGGUCAGCAGACCAAUCUUGAGUUGCAUUUAGAAUUAACCUCAGACUAUUUCCAAUAGUAAAAAAUGUAUAAACACCACAGAAUAACAUUCCCUCAAUAUAUUGCUAAAUUAGUCAAAUUUGCUAACUAAAAUCGUAUUAGCGCACUGGUUAUGUUUAGCUAUAGCUAGCUAGCUAACCCAGCUAGCCCAGCUAUAUUGUUAUGCUAGCUAGUGCUUUAAUUUGCUCAUUUUUCUAACAAGCAAAACAAUACAUGGAAAUAUUGCCACGUUUAGCCAAUCAUUAUAACUCAUAAGUGUAAAGAUGUAAAAAAUUAUGGUAUUUGAUUUGAGUAGUUAAAAGGACAUACCGAUAUAUCCUUUCUUCUCAACAAGUUCUCAACUCCAAGGUUCCAAAGUUUUGGUACCAAACUCACAUGCGGUCGACUGCCGUGCGGGACUGAAUGUAAAGUCUAGACAGGAAAGAACCAUUGCAAAUGCAAACCCUAGUGACACUGAUACAACACCACCAAUAAUAAUAAUCUGCGUUGAUAGCUGCCAAGGAGCAGAUUCUGGAUUUGCAGUCGACAAGGGUUUCGAAAAAAUAGAUAUACUGUAGCUACAACAUAAUAGUUUAUGGUUGCAGACUGCAGAGAGAGUCUAUGAAUGAUACAAUUCAGUAAGACGCAAACAAUGCCCCAAAAAUGUAUAGCAUUUUAGGGUACAUGGAGUUUCAGCACCAUGUCUCAAAAUAUGUACAUCCUUCAUUCAGUCAUCAUCACUCAUAAAAAUCAAAUCAAAUAAAAGUUUAUUGGUCACGUACACAGUUUUGUUGAUGUUAUCGCAGGUGCAGCAAAAUGUUUAUGUUUCUAGCUCCAACAAUGCAGCAAUAAUACAUAAUCCAAAAGUUAAAAAUUAAAACGUAUUAGAAUGAGCAAUGUUUCAUGUCCCAUCCAUCAGGUUUUUCCCCAUAAUCAGAUACCAUUACCCCAGUUCCUGUCCUGCUCCAGCAUCCACCCUCAUUCCGUUUCUCUCUUCCUCUCCAUCUACCCAGUUUUUCCCUCCCUGACUCUCAUUAUCUCUCUCUCUCCAGCCUCAGUGACUCCCUCUGCACCAACAGCCACCCUGCUCCAGGGUCCCAGUGAGCUCGUCUGCCUGGUGUUUGGCUUCAGCCCUUCACACAUCAACAUCACCUGGCUGCUGGACGACACAACAGAGCUGUGGAACCACAACACUAGCACCCCCUACAGGGCACCAGGGGGAAAGUUCAUCAUCAGGAGCCACCUGAGCCUGGCGCCCCAGGACUGGGCACCGGGGGCUGUUUACACAUGCAGGGUGACCCACACCACGCAGACUCUGGCCCUGAACAUAUCCAAACCAGGUGUCUGUCUGUCUGUUCACUCACUUCUGAUACAAUAACAUUUGCCUGGUGCUAGCCUCUUUCUAGCCUUAUAUGCUCUGUUUCACCAUUGAAAUACAGCAUUUCAGUUUGGAUUCCAGGCUAGCCUGUUUCUGCAACUCUUUCUCACUGAAAAUCUCCUCUUUCAUUUUGAGUAGAGCUCCUUGAGGUGAAGGGUGUGUUCUUUGACGAGAACAGGUCUGAUCCCAUCCUGGCGGACACUGCAGAGGAGAACUGGAACAUGGCCUGCAUCUUCCUGGUCCUCUUCCUCAUCUCCCUCCUCUACAGCAUCACAGUCACUCUGGUCAAGGUGAGAGGGAGGAUACAGUGAGGAAAAAAAGUAUUUAGUCAGCCACCAAUUGUGCAAGUUCUCCCACUUAAAAAGAUGAGAGAGGCCUGUAAUUUUCAUCAUAGGUACACGUCAACUAUGACAGACAAAUUGAGAAAAAAAAAUCCAGAAAAUCACAUUGUAGGAUUUUUUAUGAAUUUAUUUGCAAAUUAUGGUGGAAAAUAAGUAUUUGGUCACCUACAAACAAGCAAGAUUUCUGGCUCUCACAGACCUGUAACUUCUUCUUUAAGAGGCUCCUCUGUCCUCCACUCGUUACCUGUAUUAAUGGCACCUGUUUGAACUUGUUAUCAGUAUAAAAGUCACCUGUCCACAACCUCAAACAGUCACACUCCAAACUCCACAAUGGCCAAGACCAAAGAGCUGUCAAAGGACACCAGAAACAAAAUUGUAGACCUGCACCAGGCUGGGAAGACUGAAUCUGCAAUAGGUAAGCAGCUUGGUUUGAAGAAAUCAACUGUGGGAGCAAUUAUUAGGAAAUGGAAGACAUACAAGACCACUGAUAAUCUCCCUCGAUCUGGGGCUCCACGCAAGAUCUCACCCCGUGGGGUCAAAAUGAUCACAAGAACGGUGAGCAAAAAUCCCAGAACCACACAGGGGGACCUAGUGAAUGACCUGCAGAGAGCUGGGACCAAAGUAACAAAGCCUACCAUCAGUAACACCCUACGCCGCCAGGGACUCAAAUCCUGCAGUGCCAGACGUGUCCCCCUGCUUAAGCCAGUACAUGUCCAGGCCCGUCUGAAGUUUGCUAGAGUGCAUUUGGAUGAUCCAGAAGAGGAUUGGGAGAAUGUCAUAUGGUCAGAUGAAACCAAAAUAGAACUUUUUGGUAAAAACUCAACUCGUCGUGUUUGGAGUACAAAGAAUGCUGAGUUGCAUCCAAAGAACACCAUACCUACUGUGAAGCAUGGGGGUGGAAACAUCACGCUUUGGGGCUGUUUUUCUGCAAAGGGACCAGGACGACUGAUCCGUGUAAAGGAAAGAAUGAAUGGGGCCAUGUAUCGUGAGAUUUUGAGUGAAAACCUCCUUCCAUCAGCAAGGGCAUUGAAGAUGAAACGUGGCUGGGUCUUUUAGCAUGACAAUGAUCCCAAACACACCGCCCGGGCAACGAAGGAGUGGCUUCGUAAGAAGCAUUUCAAGGUCCUGGAGUGGCCUAGCCAGUCUCCAGAUCUCAACCCCAUAGAAAAUCUUUGGAGGGAGUUGAAAGUCCGUGUUGCCCAGCGACAGCCCCAAAACAUCACUGCUCUAGAGGAGAUCUGCAUGGAGGAAUGGGCCAAAAUACCAGCAACAGUGUGUGAAAACCUUGUGAAGACUUACAGAAAACGUUUGACCUGUGUCAUUGCCAACAAAGUUUUGAGAAUUGAGAAACUUUUGUUAUUGACCAAAUACUUAUUUUCCACCAUAAUUUGCAAAUAAAUUCAUUAAAAAUCCUACAAUGUGAUUUUCUGGAUUUUUUUUCUCUCAUUUUGUCUGUCAUAGUUGACGUGUAUCUAUGAUGAAAAUUACAGGCCUCUCUCAUCUUUUUAAGUGGGAGAACUUGCACAAUUGGUGGCUGACUAAAUACUUUUUUUCCCCACUGUAUAACCACCUCACAGGUUUUCACUGUCUGGCUUUGAAGUGUAAAGAUAUGUUUGUGAGGUUUGCCUUUUUUCUUUUAAGAAGAAUGCAUUAUUUUAUCUCUGUGUGUCUUUACUGCUUUGACGCCCUGUUGAAGCGCCUGUUGAGUUUCAGACAUCGAAUGUCAUCCCACACAGAGGGUAUUCAGAUUAUCGUCAUGUUAAAUAUAAAUCAAAUUGGUCUCCCCAGAGGCUAUAUAUUGUUUUUUUUUGUAUUUUGUAUCUGUCACUGCAAUCUCAUUAUCACGCUUACUCUCAUUGGCUAAGCCACAGUUACACUUGGUGUUCUCACAUCUUGUUCAGCAUCUUGGAUGUAAAACAAGCAUUCCAAGGUUUUCACAUCAACUUAUACUUACUUCCUUUUUUAUUUUUUAUUUCAGACAAAAUGAUGACUUCAGGACACUUCCAUAUGAUGGAUCCCUAGGAGUUCAACUGGAAAUAAAACAAUUUAUUUCAACCUUUUCUUAUAUAAUCACAACAUAUUUCUUUAUAACAUUGCAUAGAUUGAAUUACUUACGGUCUCCUGUAGCAGGUUUGAUGACAGAGAAGUGUUUGGGGUUUUUUCCCCCACAAAGACAGACAAUGUUGUGGUGCGCUUACUUGCUCUCAUCUCUUGUUAA